CCGAGCAUCCCCCCACACAGCUAUAGAUAUAACUUCUCGUGGCGAUACAAGCGCUUAGAUCGCCUCCGACAAUGUCGCGGCCGUAUUUCUUUCUCCUCAUUGCACUUGGGUUUCGGGGUCUUCUUGGAAUACCUGAAUAUGCCCGUGCGACGUCAGGUGGAAGAGCUUCUGCACUUUCCUCUCCUGCCCAUUCGUAUCUGGACUCCUCCUGGCCGACAGAAACUCCUAUGCUAGCGAGCUCUACUCACGCAAGAUCCCACGUGCCAUCCGAGCCAUCAGAGUGGGGAACACAAAGCGCUAUCACAGGAAACCCGAACGUCCUCGGAGGGACAUCGCUAGGGGGCGCUGGUUCUUCUGCGGAACGGAGGGCGCCGCUCUCUCCACAUGGGAUUGGCGACACGUUGAACGGGAUAAUGGAGACAGUUAAGUCGCUAUCAGAAGAUAUCCAACGCCUCUCAAAGGAAACCUUCGAACGACUGAGCAGGAUCGAGUUGGCCCAAGAGACCCUUCGAGAGCUCGUUCAUAAAUCGGCGGCAACUACAGGACUGACAUUAACGAAGGUUGAAGCGUCGAUUACGGAUAAAAUUGUAAAAGUAAAAGAAGACAUCGCUGCCCUCUCUUCUUCUGUGUACGUCGCCAAUUCGCGUUCUCGCAGAUUCUUUUUUCACGUCGAGAAUAUCACGCAACACGUAGAGAACGCGAAGUUAGCAGGAAGCCAAGUCAUCUUUGGGGAUAAGUUCACCAUCGAUGGAUACACAGCGCAGCUUCUUCUGCAUGUUGGACCUUCCAAGAAAGACGCAUGGCUGCUUGUCUUCCUUCGCAUUUGCCCUGGUACAGAGGACUCGCACCUGCAAUGGCCAUUUAGGACCAAUUUUGUUCUUUCAGUUGUCCACCUUGACGAUCCGGCAGAGAGCGUGUACAACACGAUAGACUCCAAAACUGCUGACUGUCCAACCAGUUUCGAUAAACCAGAAAAAGAGUGUAACACCGUUUGCGGCUUCCCUGAGGCCGAGUCAUGGGCAGCAAUUGAGCAGGGAGGUUAUGUUCAUAAAGGUGCUCUUACAGUUGGCGUAACAUUUCUUUAGGAAACAAUCAGCUAAACGUAGCAGUUAGUGAGAGUAUAACUUAGAUGUAGACCAGCUGGUCGACAAACUCCAUAAUGCGAAAAGCCGGAGUUUUGGAAACGAGAGGGGCAGGACAAACAUACUACUCAAAACCAGUCAUGCUGUACAUCUAUUUGUUGCCCAGGCUCAGGUUUUUCACAGCAUGGGGGCGCUGGCGGAGGAAAUUUCUAUGACAAAAAAUUCGCCUGCGGCGCAUGUAAACAUUUUUUUUAGAGGUGCCUUAAAGGGACUAUUAAAUUUCCCGAACCCCCAUACUUUUUUUCGAUGGAAACUGUUCUUCCCGCAGAGAAACUAAUAUGCCACAAAUUUUUCCGGACGAAAUCGCUCCACUCUGCGAGGAGCGCGCGCUGGAAAUGUCUCUUCCGCGUUCCUCCUCUCCCGCGCAUAUUUCCCUGCCGAUGGUGUAACUGUACGGACUGCACUUCGGUUCUCCGUUACGUCACCGGUGUUGCACAAUGGCAAGUAAUGCCGCGAGCUCGCGCUGUAGCUGCCGCCACUGCCGAAAUCUGCCGAUCACGCGAAAGCUGCUGUCAUGGAGAUUUCCACUCCCGAUGAACGGAUACGCGGGAUCCUACGGCGCAUGCUCCUGGCGGGAUUCCUCGGCUCGGCAACACGUCACGAUGACGUGUUGCUGAGCCGGCCGUGGUCGCGUCAAGUUGCCCGUUGUGUCUCCGCUCGGCAGCUCGCCACGGCGCGGCGCUAGCUGUCCUCCCUUCGCCGCUCCGUUUAAAUUGACUCCUGAGAAAUCCGCUCGCGCGACGAAAGUAAAAUUUCGGUUCUAGACUCAGAAAAAUGUCUUCUUUCGAACGAAACGAAGAAAAAAAUCGUUUCAUAGUCCCUUUAAGGCACCACAUAUAGACAGUUCAUGCUGACGGCAUAGUCUAACAGUUUGUUGCUUGUAAUUGUAAACGAUAUACAAGCCGCAAAUGUGACAGAGAACGCGUAAUAUUUUUAAAAUUCGCUCACGACGACGUAUGCUGGGAAAUAACCCUCAAUUCGUCAGGCAACAGUAGUCCGACAGCGUUUCCGACACGUGGUUUCCAUGGACGAAGGAAAGAGAGGAGGAGCCCUACUGCUCUGAGAAGUGAAGCCGAGAUUGGGGGCCGCUCCAGUGACGUCACCGCUCGCAUUCCGGUUUCGGUUACAUGCAUCUCUAUGGGAGCCCCCAACGCGUAGUUUCGGAAUACUUGGAGAGGUGUGUUGGUAACGCGCCGAAGUGGCCCCAAAAGUGUCGUGUGCAAAGCGACCUCAUUGGGCUAUUCAGGUAACGUGACCCUGGCGCGGCUUCAAAAAAGAAGCUACAGCUCAUCUCCUAUCCUCACGUCACUUGCCCCACGCUUCUCUCUUCUGUCGAAGAGCCGUAGGGGCGCCUCCUUUUCUUCUUUCCUCCAUGCGUGGUUUCCAACUGACUUGCUGCUCUUCAUGGCUACGUAGCCAACACUUCUGCUGUAUUGGACUCAGUGUUGUCUGAAUGCAAUGUAGUUUCGCCGGUGUACUUGACGAGCAAUGCGUAGUUCGUAACCAUUACGACACAGUGUUGCCCGCAAUUUUCAAACAUAAUUAUUCGUGAAACUAUCAGCGAAAUUGUGACAAAAAUUGUGAUGUAAGAGUACUGAGGGCACAAGCUAUCGAAUACAUAAAUAUUCUAUGAUUGUACCCCUCUGCGGUAGCUUUAAUGUUUCAAGUGCAACAAUAAAUGUUCUCAUUAAAAAUAAAGUUUACGUUACAG